AUGAAUUUUGGCUUCGAAAGAGCUCUAGAUCAAGAUGGAUUUCAUGUCUGCUGUAACAGUUUGCUUAGUGAAGGUACAUUUGGAGUAGUAGUAAAAGCACGAUGUCGAUGUGAUGGAAAAUUAUAUGCUAUAAAAAUUGUCCCUCCGUUCAAAGAGGCAGGCAUGAAAUAUCAUGAGCGAGAGCUAGCGUUACUUACAAAAUUGGAACUGUCGGAUCGAAACAUUAUCAAAUAUUUCAAGAGUUGGAUAAUGCAACACGACAGCAAACGACUAUUAUGUAUUCAAAUGGAGUUGUGUUCGGUAAAUUUGGAAACGUUUAUGUACGAUGGGAAUGGUAUGGGUGGCGCCGAAAUAAUCAAAGCUUCAGAUUCGCCACGAUUUUAUGAACACGUUUUCUCACAGAUUUUGAAUGGCUUAAUCGCUAUUCAUUCAAACGGCUGGGUACAUCGCGAUAUUCAUCUUGGUAAUAUUCUCAUUGCAAAGCCAAAUCCAAAACGCAUGAGUGAUAUUUUUGUCAAGAUCGCUGAUUUUGGACUUGCCCGGUUUAUUGGAACGCAAUAUGGAUCUACUGGGGUGACAGACAUCCCAACACUCGAGAAACUAUCUCCAGGUCUAGGGGAUGAGCUGUUCAAGGCGCCGGAGCUCCUGACAGAAAAUUAUGACUAUAAGGUAGACCUUUACAGUGCUGGCAUUGUGUUAUAUGUACUUAAUCGUUUUCUCCCGAGCAGACAUCAAAUGAAAGAGGACAUUUUGGCAUUGCGAGAAGGAAAACGCGCUGCUCGACAUUUGUACCAUCAGGACCAAAGAGUGGCCACCCUGAUUGGGAGGCUACUGCAGAAGGACCCGAACAGACGACCGACGGCAGCAGAGGCUUUGGCAUACACUCGAUGCGGAAACCAUAAAAUUAAAGACGAGAACAAUAAUGAAUCCGCAACGAAGACGUUUUUGGUAAAGAGAUUUGGCGAUGAUAUUUUGUACCGAUGCUCCUCGUUUGACGCUACCUUAUCAAGCAUAAAAUUUGCAAUACAAGACCAUUGUUACAUUGGGAUUAAAGCCAACGCUCAGAUUCUACAACAGGAGAUCACCGACAUUGUUGGGAACAACGAGCUUCUAAUUCAAAUAACGUCUGACCAAGAUGUUCGUGAGAUGUUUGUGGAAGCUGAAAUGCAAGGAGAAAAAGUGAUUAUCGUUGUGUCAAAAAGGAAAAGGGCUACAGUAAGAGAAACGGACAGUAUAAGAGAAAGGCCCGGUGUGGCCCCAGUAUUGUAA